UUCAAUUACGAUCUCUUGUUUUCUAGUUUUUCUUCCUUUUUUUCUCUCACAAUCUCUUAAUAAUAUUAUUAAUAGUAAUCUCUUAUCACAACUCCUUCAACAACUAUUACUCCUUGUUAGUAAUUAUUAUUAUUGUUUAUUUUUAUUCUCCAAAUCUCACCGCACAUCAUCCCCCACUUUUUUCUUCGCUAUCACGACUCAGAACAAUUCACAUUCCCUUUUCGUCAAAACCCAAAACAUUGUUAUUAUUAAUUCUACAUCAGAACGGGUUCCCAAAUCUGUCUCUCUUCGCUUGUCUUCUCUUCCGAAACCCUAGUUUGUUCUGCUUUCUGGGUCUCGAUUUUUAGGGUUGGAAGCGGCUUUGAAUCUCUUUCUUUUGUGGGGUUGAUCUUGUUAUUCAAUGGAGGCCGGUUCAGAGGGGGAGAAGAAAAAGCCUCCUGAAGGAGGAGGUAGCGGAGGCGGGGGAGAACAGAAGGUGAAGCGCAAAAUGAAGACUGCUUCUCAGUUGGAACUCCUUGAGAAGACCUACGCUGUGGAGACGUAUCCGUCGGAGUCUCUGCGAGCGGAGCUAUCGGCGAAGCUGGGGCUGACGGAUCGGCAGUUGCAGAUGUGGUUUUGUCAUAGGAGGUUGAAAGAUAGGAAGGUUGCGCCGGUAAAGCGACAGAGGAAGGAUGCGCCGGUGUCAGGUGGGGUUGGAGAUGAAAUGAUGGUGGGUGGUGAGCUGGGUAAUGAGCCUGGGUCGGGGUCGGGGUCGGGGUCCAGUCCAUUUGGCCAGGGUGAGCCGAGGAAGGUUGUUGCUCGAGCGUCGUCCGCUGUGCCGAGGAUUGGAGCUGAUAUGCCAAUGAUGAAGAGGUAUUAUGAACCGCCGCAGUCCAUAACCGAGCUACGUGCGAUUGCUUUUGUGGAAGCUCAGUUGGGGGAGCCGUUGAGGGAAGACGGGCCCAUUCUUGGGAUGGAGUUUGAUCCUUUGCCACCAGAUGCAUUUGGCGCUCCUUUGGCAGUAAUGGGACAACAAAAGCAAGGUGGACGGCUUUACGAUGGCAAUGUGUAUGAGCGGCAUGAUGCCAAAUCGAUCAAAACAUCAUCACUUUUACCCAAUAUGGAACAUUGCUUUGUACCUAGUUCGUCUAGUGGAAAAAGAAAAUCAGCAACUGGAGUUCAUGUGGUUCAUCCCCAGACUGCACCAAGGACUGUCCAGGAAUAUCAAUUUCUCCCAGAGCAGCCAACUGUUAGAUCUGAUGCUUACGAAAGAGUUGCCCCAUCUCACUUCUAUGAUUCACCAAUUGACGGUCCAAGUUCCAGGACUUCAUCAUUAUCUGCCGUAGGGACAUUUCUUCAUGGAAAUGAACAGAUGGGAAUUGGUUAUGGAUUCCAUGGACAGGUGCCAGGUGUUGGUCAUUUGCCCCAGCAAGUUAGGCAGGGCCAUGUCUUCUCAUCAGGUUCAGGAGAGUAUGAAAAUGUUCCACACAGGAACUCCUAUACAAACAUUGGGAUGGAUGCUCAGUUUGCUUCCCAUCCAAUUGGACUGGAAAAUCCAUUUGUACCAUCCGAUAGGAGGGUUUUCCAUGAAGACGAUGUUUCUCGGAUGGAGAGGAAACGCAAGAGUGAUGAAGCACGAAUAGCAAGGGAAGUUGAGGCCCAUGAAAAACGUAUUCGUAAAGAACUUGAGAAACAAGAUAUGUUGAGGCGAAAGAGAGAGGAGCAAAUGAGGAAAGAAAUGGAAAGGCAUGAUCGUGAAAGGCGGAAAGAAGAAGAGAGGUUGAUGCGGGAAAGGCAGCGAGAAGAAGAGAGAUUCCAGCGGGAGCAAAGGCGUGAAAAUGAGCGAAGGGAGAAAUUUUUGCAGAAAGAAACUCUUAGAGCUGAGAAAUUAAGGCAGAAAGAAGAACUUCGUAGAGAAAAGGAGGCAGCAAGAAUUAAAGCUGCUAAUGAGAGGGCUACUGCACGCAGACUUGCUAAAGAAUCUAUGGAGCUUAUUGAGGAUGAAAGACUGGAGCUUAUGGAAUUGGCUGCUUCAACAAAAGGGUUGCCCUCAAUGAUAUCUCUUGAUGGUGAAACACUGCAAAACCUUGAGUCAUUCAGAGAUAUGUUGAGUACAUUUCCUCCCAAGUCAGUGAAAUUAAAGAAGCCUUUUUCAGUUCAGCCCUGGACUGAUUCAAAUGAGAACAUAGGGAAUCUUCUUAUGGUUUGGAGAUUUUUAAUUACUUUUGCUGAUGUUCUUGGACUUUGGCCUUUUACGCUUGAUGAAUUUGUUCAAGCUUUUCAUGACUAUGAUCCAAGACUGCUAGGUGAGAUACAUGUUUCUCUUUUGAGAUCCAUCAUAAAAGAUAUAGAAGAUGUUGCAAGGACACCCUCUAUUGGACUUGGUGCUAAUCAAAAUAGUGCUGCUAAUCCGGGAGGCGGUCAUCCACAGAUUGUAGAAGGGGCAUAUGCAUGGGGGUUUGACAUACGCACCUGGCAGCGCCACUUAAGUCCAUUGACGUGGCCUGAAAUUCUGCGGCAAUUUGCAUUGUCUGCAGGAUUUGGGCCACAGCUGAAAAAGAGGAGUAUUGGAAGGGCUUAUUUUCGUGAUGACAACGAGGGCCAUGAUGGUGAAGAUAUUGUUUCUAUUUUACGAACCGGAACAGCAGCUGAAAAUGCUGUUGCUUUAAUGCAAGAAAAGGGGUUUUCUCAUCCACGCAGAUCACGACAUCGCUUGACCCCAGGAACAGUUAAAUUUGCUGCAUUUCAUGUUCUUUCUCUUGAGGGAAGCAAGGGGUUAACAAUAUUAGAAGUUGCAGACAAGAUUCAGAAAUCUGGUCUCCGGGACCUUACAACAAGCAAGACACCUGAGGCAUCUAUUGCCGCUGCAUUGUCAAGGGAUUCAGCCCUUUUUGAAAGAACAGCUCCUUCAACAUAUUGUGUUCGUCCUCCUUUCAGAAAGGAUCCUGCUGAUGCUGAGGCAAUAUUAGCUGCUGCCAGGGAGAAAAUUCAGAUAUUUCAAAAUGGAUUUUCAGAUUCCGAAGAAGCUGAAAAGGACGGAGAUGAUGCUGAUGAUGUUGAAAAAGACGAAGAUUCUGAUUGUGAUGUUGCUGAUGAUCCUGAGGUUGAUGAUGUUAAAGAAUUAACUCCAAACAAAGAAGCAUAUCAUCAUGGUGAAGCUAAGUCUGCUCAAGCAUGUUCAAGAAAUGAGAAGGGGAUCUCUGGCAAUGAGGUUGGAGAAACUCCACCGCAUAACUUUCCCAAUUCUGGGAAAAGCUUCUCUCCAUUCUUUUCGGAAGGCACCAAGGAAGUGAUUAGUUCAGGUGCCACCUUUGAUCAGUCUGUUGAUGUUGCUAGAAACUGCAAUGAUACAAGCAAUCCUGAUCAAGAGGACACGGAGAUUGAUGAGAGCAAUUCAGGUGAACCCUGGGUUCAAGGGAUAAUGGAAGGGGAAUACUCUGAUCUUAGUGUGGAGGAGCGUCUCAAUGCGCUUGUUGCCUUAAUUGGUGUGGCUAUUGAGGGAAACUCAAUCCGUAUUGUUCUUGAGGAACGUUUGGAAGCAGCAAAUGCUCUUAAGAAGCAGAUGUGGGCAGAGGCGCAACUGGAUAAAAGGCGAAUGAAAGAAGAGUAUGUGACAAAGUUGCAAUACUCGUCUUAUAAGGCUGAGAAUAACCUUAUUAGCCCUGCAAUUGAAGGCAGCCAAAGCCCAUUACCUGGUGUUGAUAACAAGAACAAUGAGGCUUCUCUGAACCCAUUCAAGCAAGAGCCUUUUCUUGAUCCACAAAAUGGUCAAAGUAACAUGCCUGCUGAAAGGAACUUGGCAGGUCAAGAGAUCACUGUUCAAGAUAAUUUCCCACUUCAGCAACAUUCAUAUGCCACAGAAAAGUCACGCAGACAGUUAAAAUCUUCUAUUGGUCACAGAGCAGAAGAGAUGUAUGUAUACAGGUCUUUACCUCUUGGUCAAGAUCGUAGGCGUAACAGAUACUGGCAGUUUGUUGCAUCUGCUUCUAAAAAUGAUCCUGGCUCAGGCAGGAUCUUUUUUGAAUCUCAUGAUGGCUGCUGGAGGCUUAUUGACUCAGAAGAGGUUUUUGAUGCUCUUUUGGCAUCUUUGGAUACACGGGGCAUCAGGGAAUCCCAUCUACACUCUAUGUUGCAAAAAAUUGAGAAUUCCUUCAAGGAAGCUGCAAGAAGGAACUCAUCUAGCACCAACACUGUGGAUGCAAGUGGAAUAACUGUAAAAACUGAAGCUGCUGAAAUGGCUUCUGGUUCUGAUUGCACUGCUGGAAUUGAUAGCCCCAGCAGUCUGGUGUGUUCAGGUUCUGAAACAUCAGAGCAGUCAUUGUCAUUCAGAAUUCAACUUGGAAGGAACAAAUCCGAGAAAAAUGAUGCCUUGAAGAGAUACGAAGAUUUCCAGAAAUGGAUGUGGAAAGAGUGCUUUACUCCUACAACAUUGUGUGCCAUGAAAUAUGGGAAGAAAAGAUGCCAACAACUUUUAGGCACUUGUGUUUCCUGCCAAAAUUUGUACUUUUUUGAAGACAACCACUGCCCCUCUUGCCAUAGGACAUUCAGCAACUUCUCUAACAACUUAAAUUUCAAUUUUUCGGAACAUGUGAUUCAAUGUGAAGAAACGCAGAAGGUGGAUCCUGACUGGAAUUCUUGUGAUCUAGAUUCUUCUCUUCCCUUGAGAACCAGGUUACUGAAGGCAAUGCUAGCUUUAAUUGAGGUUUCUGUUCCACCAGAAGCUCUUCAAUCUUUCUGGACUAAGAGCUAUCGUAAAUAUUGGGGUGUCAAGUUGCAUAGUUCUUCAUCAGCUGAGGAGCUUCUGCAGCUAUUGACUAUGUUGGAGGGCGCAAUAAAAAGGGACUGUUUAUCAUCAAAUUUUGAGACAACCAAGGAACUGUUAGGUUCCUCUACAACAUCUGGAUCUAAUACUGAUGACUUCCCACCUCCUGAAUCAAUUGCCGUACUUUCAUGGGUACCUCUAACAACUGCUGCUGUGGCUUUAAGGCUUAUGGAACUUGAUGCUUCCAUCUCCUACAUGCUGCAUCAGAAAGUGGAGUUCAGUAAGGAUAAGGAAGCUGGGGAAUUCAUCCUUCCAUCAAGAUAUACGGUUGUAAAAAAUUUUCCUGAGAUUGAACCAGCAGAAGCUGCUGACCAAGGUAAAUAUAUGCAAGAAGAGAGCUGGAUUGAUCCAGGCAGUGGGCGUAAUAGCUCUGGACGUGGACGUGGGGUUCGUGGGAGAGGUCGAGGGCGCAGUCGUGGAGGAAGGUGGCAGAGAAGAGGCACUGUAUCCAGAUCUGAACCUGGCAAUAGUGUGAAGAUAGGUCAAGGUCUGGAGCGGAAAGGCCGAACACGUGGACGUGGCCGAAGGCGGGGCCGCCGGACUGUCAGAAGUAGGCAGAGACUACAGAAGAGAGUGGUUGAGGAGACGGUAUUGCAUCAUUUCAACAACAUUGACAGCCCCAAGCAGGAUAGUGGUGGGCAAUCGCCAAGAAGCUCAGUUGGGGGAGAUUGGGAUAUUGAAGAAACCAGGAGAAUGCAUCAUUUUGAGGGGGCUGAAAAUAGUAACAGUGCAGAAGCAUCAUCUGAAUCCGAUGACAAUUGUCAAGGAACGGGUGAUGAGUAUGAUGAUCAGGGAGCAGAUUAUGCUGGGGUUUUUAAUGGAAAAUCUGAAGACUUAAUGGAGGGAAGUGACGAGGAUGUUGAGGGAGACGAUGAUGGAGAUGGUGAAGAAGCAGAUGUAGAUGCUGAUGGAGAUGGUGAUGAUCGGGAUGAGGAGGAAGAUGGGGAUAUGGAUGAAGUGGAUGAAAUGGAUGGGGAGGUGGAAGGGGAUGAAGAGGGAGAUAUGGAUGACGGGGAGUUGGAUGGGGUGGGGAACGAGGACGAGGAUGGAGAGGGGAAUGGAGAUGAAGACCAAGGCAUUGGGUCGACGUCUUCAGAGUAUAGUGAUUAAGAAAAUUUUCUUGUAAGUUAAUUUUAGUAUACAGAAAGUUAGUGAUUAUUAGCCAUAACGAUGAUCAUGUUUACAAAGCCUGCAUUCUUUUAUUUAAGAGUUGUAGCGCUCACCCUGUAGCUUUUACUUGUAACAUUCUGGGCGGGCGAAACAAUGAAAAAAAAAAAAA